UCUGCUUUCUGGCCUCUGGGUUCGAUGAUUCACUAUUGACUGACUUGCCUUACUUGUAGGACUUUGGUUACGUCAGCGUCUGUGCGACUCAAACCAUCACUUCAAUAACUGAAUUGCAUUUAGAAAUACACAACUAGUACACUCAAAACUAUACAUCUUAAACGGUGUCGCAAUUAUCGGAUUAUAAAUGCAACCCCCCAAAAAACCGUACGUAAAGAAACGUGCUUAAUCGAUAUCUCAGUGAUCCUCCACGAGCCCUCUUGAAAUGCUUUUUGUCGAUGUUUCUUCUCUCAAUGGAAGGAUAAUCUGGCAUCUGUUUAUUUAUUUUUUAGAUUGUAUCCCUGUGAAAACUCAUGUCGUUAUGCUAUCUGGGCAUGCAAAUCAAAUGAUGAAGAAAAAGAAACACAAGGAAGCUUGCUAUGCGGAACCUUACAAUACAGCAUUAGUUGCAGUCGAUCGCUACACUUUGUACGAAGCUGUUAUUGGCUACUAAGAUUUUAUAAUGAGUACGAUCAGUCUGAUUGGCUAUCCGUUGAGGGUUCUCAACGCGCAAGCUGUUGUUUGUGUGAGGUCUUCGUGUUAUACCUGUGUGUUAGGCGGUUUCUUUUAUUUUUUUUAUUGCAUGUCAGUUAUUUAUCGAUUUUUUUAAGCUAGCAAAAUGUCUAUCCUAAACGCGCUAAGGAGUGACUCGUAUGUUGAUAUCAGCCAGUACAGAGACCAGCAUUUUAAGGGAAACCGGUAUGAACAGGAGAGACUACUGAAACAGAGCUGCACGCUUUAUGUAGGGAAUCUGUCAUUUUAUACAACAGAAGAACAAGUUUAUGAGCUGUUCUCCAAAAGUGGUGAUGUGAAACGAAUUGUCAUGGGUCUGGAUAAAGUCAAGAAGACUGCGUGUGGAUUCUGUUUUGUGGAAUACUAUACUCGUGCUGAUUCAGAGCAUGCUAUGAGGUUCAUUAAUGGCACAAGAUUGGAUGAUCGCAUAAUCAGGACAGACUGGGAUGCUGGCUUCAAAGAAGGCAGGCAGUAUGGCCGUGGCAAAUCUGGUGGGCAGGUUAGAGAUGAAUACAGACAAGAUUAUGAUCCUGCCAGAGGUGGAUAUGGAAAGAUCAUUAAGAAAUAAUUCAAAAGUAAAUGCUGUUUUUGUUUUAAUACUUUUUUAUUGUGUAGGCACUAAUUAGUAAAAAGGGUUUAGUGUGUUUUUUUUUUUUUUUUUUUAAUAUUUAAUCGCCAUCCUACAAAGGGGCUGAUGAAGUGAAGUAUUCCUUUUUGUUUCCCAACAUUUUGAAAUAAACCUGAUCUAGGCUUCAUACUUGGUUCAUGGAAGAGACCACAACAAACAUGAAAUACAAAUUAAAUUUAUCUUGUUUUGUUAACUGUCACAACCCUGAAAUUCAAUUUUCUUUUUUUUUUCAUUCAAUAAAAAGGAUGCAAGGUGGAUUUUGCUUAUCUUGGUAAAUGGGGCUUCCCAAAGUAUUGGUGUUUUAUUCUGGAACAUCACUAACUGUAGAAUAAACAAAUACCCCAUACAUAUAUAUAACAGCCAGGAUUAUAAUUUGUAGAACUAUAUCAGCAGGAAAAAGAAUUGCAUCAAAAAGGAUUUGCUUUUUUUUUUUUUUUUUUUUUUUUUUAAAGUCUUCAUAAAUAAAUACAACACUGUCAGUGAGAUGAAAUUUGUUAAAGACAUACUUUGAGUAUUUUAAGUGUCAAUCCUGCUGUACAUGGAGAUGACUAUUUAUUUGGACUGAAACAAGCUUGAUCUUGAGGUUGCCAUUAGGUGGUACUGUGUUUCAUUUUAAACAAGCCCCCCCCUGGAAAAAAAGGCUUACAGAUUGAAGUUUAAGACUAGCCUGAUCAAAUACAAAAUAAAAUCCAACCUUGCAAAAUGCAGACCACCUGGACAGUGGUGUACAGCUGCCUUGGACCAAAGCCUGCUGUACAGUAAGAAGAGAAAAGGAAAACAAAUGCUCUAAUAAACUCAAUGCAAUUUGCAUUUUCACUCAAUUAGAUGGGUCAUACUGUUACCAGGAUGAUGAUGAUGACAAAAAUAAAGACAGUAUAAAAAUGUUCACUUGUGAUGUGCACGUGUAACUUAUUUCUCACUGAAACAGUGAGUUUGUUAGUGAUUUUGCAUUGCAAACCAUCAAGAAAUUAAACAUUUUUACACCAGCCUCAUGACAGAAAUUCCACCAUAGGCUAGCUAAGAAACUGCCCAAAAAUCAAAAUAUGUUGGUGCCUUCAAUAUUAAAUAUGUGAGUCUGAAAAAAAAUUGAAACACAUAUCAUUGGAUAAUAAAUGGACAGAAAUUUAAAUGUAAUGUAAAUUCAGAAGUACAAAUGUACCAAAGACAAACAUCUGAAUUGUACUGUUACAGUAUAACACCCAAACAAACGUUCAAACACUAGAGUCCAACUUUUUGAGAAAAGCAUUCACUUUUAUUUUUCAAACUUUUUUUCUUCUUUUGUUUACAGUUCAAGUAGUUUUACAGCUAUUCAUAUUAUUCCAUCAUUUAAACUGCAAAUAUUUACAUCGUAAACAUUGCUAUAGCAAACUUAAGAGUUCAAAACACAAUAUUAUCUCUAAAUAUACAUCUGAAUUGUUGCUUCCCUAUACUUGUUCCACUUAAACCCUUGAAAAAUGAGCUGGCUCAAAGUAAAACUAAAACUCAACUAACUCCAAAAGACCAUGUCAGUGUAACAGAAUGCAGACACUCCUGUAUCGUUCUCCUUAUUGAUAAAAUCCCAGGUUUGCAUUUAUUACAUCCUAUGUGCCUAUGUGCCUAUCCUAGCCAUUCUUAAAUAACUAUGUCAUCCGACUUACGUCUCUUACAUAAAAUGUAACGUCAGUGUAAACACCGGUAAAUUGACAAUUUUAAGGCGGCAAAAGUUAACUAAAAUUGACAAAUUUCCUUAUUACCAGAAGUAACACAAAUCAGUUUUAUUAUAAAAACUUGCUAGUUUGAGGUAUUUAGCUCAUUGUUGAUCAUAUAGUCUCAGUGAAACUGAAGCAUGCACCAAAAUGAAUAAGCUUUCAGUAACCAUGCAUUUACAGGGAACAUGGAACAAAUAAGUGAACAGCUAUUGAAAUGCAACUAUUGUAUAUCCGGGGGGGGGGGGGGGGGGGGGGGUGAGCUCGCAGAAAAACCUGGCAGCACGUGUGUGUGUAAGAUAUCUCAUAUAUAUAUAUAUAAAUAAA